AUGAACCCGCAGAUUCUCAUCACCCCCCAUCCGUCUACUUCUACGCAAGACGACCGCCGCCAGUCCUACCCCGACGACAUGUCGACUUCCUCAUCCAACUCUUCCAUCAGCGACACGGAGAUGAAAAACGACCCCACACUACAGACCAGGCCCCGUCUAGGGAGCAGGAAAUCCAGCGGCACCAUCAUAAUACCCCGCGACAGCCCCAAUGUCGAGAUGAAGGAGGAGGAGGAGGAGUACGAUGACGGCGAUGCGCGGACCAUGAGCCCUCGCCGGAGUAGCGAAGAAAUCGAGAAGAUGGGCCAGGAUGCUCGGCAAGCUCUGAUAGAACAAGCCAAAGCUCUCCAAGCCAGUCUGAUGCAGAUUGUUGAUCGCGUCGAGGUUGUCAAGAACGAGCAUGAAAAGCUCGAAGGCGGCAACAAGUUCCUGCAAUCAUAUAUUGGCGAGCUCAUGCAAACGAGCAAGCUCACCUCUGCGGGCGCUGGAAAAGCGUCCAAAGUCAAGGGCAAGGGCAGAAUCAUCAAAUAA